AUGGUUAAUUUUAAAAGAAUUAUUUUUUUAUCACAGUACUUUUCAACAAAACCUUAUAUAAAUAAUGGAAAAAAAAUUGUACUUGGAAUAGAAACUAGUUGUGAUGAUACUGCUGUAGCUAUUGUAGAUUCUGAUAAAAAUAUUCUUGGAAGUAGAAAUUUUUCUAUAAAAAAUGCUCAAAUUAAAUUAGGAGGUAUAUGUCCUUUAGUAACUCAACAAAUACAUAGAAAUUAUAUUGAUAAAGCAAUAAAUGAAAGUAUGAAAGAUGCGGGUAUAAGAUUUUAUGAUUUAGAUGCUAUUGCUGUAACAAGUAGACCUGGAAUUGUAUUAUGUUUAAGAGUUGGAACUGAUAAAGCUGUCAAUUUGGCUCAAAAAUAUAAUUUACCUCUUAUUCCAAUACAUCAUAUGAGAGGUCAUGCGUUAUCAGGUGGAUUAGAUAAACAUAAAGAUUUAGUUUAUCCAUUUUUAACGCUUCUAAUUUCUGGUGGGCAUGCUUUAUUAGCUAUAGGACAUUCACCUGUAGAUUUUGAAUUAAUAGGAAAAUCAGAUUUUAAUUCACCUGGUGAGUGUUUAGAUAAAAUUGGAAGAAAACUUGGUUUACUACAAUUACCAGAAUACAAAGAAUAUCAUACUGGAGCUGCUAUAGAAGAAAUAGCAUCAAAGGCAAAAACAAUAGAAGAAUACACAAAAUAUCAAAUACCAAUGCCAUCUAUUAAAGGAACAAAUUUUGAUUUUGCACAUAUAAAAAAUUCUUAUAUAACUUUUUUAAACAAAACCCCUAUUGAAGAUAUAGAUUUAGUGUCAUUUUGUGCUUCAAGUCAAUUUUUAGUAACUGCCCAUAUUUGUUCAAAAGUUCAUUUAGCUUUAGAAACAUUAUUUGAUAAAGAAAUUAAUGUAAAACAAUUAGUUGUCUCUGGUGGAGUUGCAAGUAAUCAAUUCAUUAGGGGAUGCCUAGCAAAAGUAUGUAAAAUACAUUCAGUUGAAAUGAUUACACCACCAAAAACAUUAUGUACUGAUAAUGGUGAAAUGAUAGGAUGGGCUGGGUGUGAAAUUUUAAAAUACUAUGAAAAUUAUAAAUCUAGUAAUGAACAAAAAGAAAUAAUAUAUAAUAUUAAAGAUUAUAUUUAUGCUGUUGGUAAAGAAUUAAUAGGAAAAGAUAGUACCAAUAAUUGGAGUCCACCAAAAUCUAAUAGAAAAUUUGUAUUAACAUCUUUAUUACCAUUUUCAAGUGAUUUAAAAAUAAAAAAAAAAUAUAAAAUAACAUUAUAA